AUGCCCGGCUUCUCUCCAGGGAACUGUGAUACCACAUGGAAAGCCUCCGGCGGUGGAGCAGUACUGUUCUGGAGUCUCAAAAACCCCUUCUACCCGGAACGUGCCCUCAAGACCACAGCCGGGGUCUCAUCUGUGGCAUUCAGCGAUACGUACCCCAACUUGCUAGCAGUUGGUAUGCAGGAUGGCGGCCUUGCAAUUUGGGACCUCCGUCAGAAAGCCGACUCACCUGUCAGUCCGAUAUCGAACGUAGCGAGCAGGCAUACUGAUGUGGUGUGGGACAUACAAUGGGUUGAUAGGGGGCCUGAUAAGUUCCCGAGGGAGAACCUUAUAUCGGUCGGGGCUGAUGGUAAGGUUAUACAAUGGGACAUGCGGAAGGGACUAGAACGGGCAGUGCUUAUGUCGCUGAAGCGAUCGGCCAACCCAGAUCUCGCUACCAACGUCCUCAAUACGGGGGCGCAGGACAGCGGGGGGAGGAGUCGUCAGGACGGACUGGCAUUCAGGCAAAGCUGCGGCUUCUGUGUGGACUUUUUGAAGCAAGAUCCGUCUAUGUAUUUGGUCGGGACUAGUGAUGGGCUGGUCCAUCGCUGCUCUACGAGCUAUAACGAACACUACCUGGAGACCUACCACGGCCAUGCAGCUGCUGUUUAUAAGGUGCGAUGUAAUCCCUUCUGGCUGCCGGCCUUCCUCACCUGUAGUGCUGAUUGGACCAUGAAGCUAUGGUCCACCAAGUCCAUACCGAUGGAAGCGCGUCGUGGUAGCAGCAGUUAUAUGGUCAAACGCGCUGACUCGGCCGCCUUUGAAAGAAUUGGAAUAGCCACAAAUACUCCCUUACAGAACUAUCAAUCAACGGAUCUUUGCGAUGCGGUCAAUGAUAUCUCUUGGUGCCCCCACAACUCUACGUGCUUUGCCGGAGUGAUGGAUGAUGGCAGAGUGGAGCUGUGGGAUAUACACAGGAGCCCAUUGGACCCCAUCAUAGUGCAUUAUCCUGUCAAUGACCUCGGACACGAUCGUUGGCAUCGCGCAGUGUCAGUCGGGUUCGCCCCCACUUCUCCUGUGCUGGUAGCAGGGGAUAGCACGGGAAGGGUAGAAGUCAUGCGACUGCACAAUUGCGAAGUUCCUCAGAUGAGCGAUGCUGAACAGCAGGAAAAGCUGGUACGUUGUGUUGUGAAUCAACAGUAG